AAAAAAGGAGGAGGCGUGUCUGAGUGUGAAACGUACACGGAAGUAGCGCGCGCACUCAAAUAGAAAUGAGCUGCUGGAAGAGCAGACUGAACCGCAAGUGUGUCUGUCUGUGGACGUGAUGGAGGGCGGGAGAACGGACAUGGUCCACGAAGACAACGGAGCGCGCGCCGAGGACGAGGACUGUUUUGAGGAUGCUUACGACCACAUUCCUGUGGCCUGUCACAUGGACCUGCAGUCUGCCAUCCAGGAGACUCAAUGUGCCCUCAACUUGGUCCUCAACGACAAGUUCUCAGAAGCUCUGAACCUCCUGAAGCCAUGGUGGCGAGACAGCAUGUACCACGCAUUAGGCUACAGCAGCAUCUUGGUGAUGCAGGCUGCCAUGACUUUUGAGCACACAGACAUCCAAAUCGCCAUGGCGACAAUCAAGGAGGCAUUACACACUUGUCAAAGGUUUCGCAAGAAGACCUCGAUGGUUGGUUCCCUGGCCAGUCUGAUCAGCAAGCAGUCCCACUUCCAGGAAGAGGAGAUGCACGCUGAGCUCUGCUAUGCCGAGUGUUUGCUGCAAAAAGCCACGCUGACCUUCGUGCAGGACGAGAACAUGAUCAGUUUCAUCAAAGGUGGCAUCAAGAUAAGAACCAGCUACCAAAUUUACAAGGAUUGUCUCAACGUGCUAAACGUUGCUCAGAACUUAAGCGGCCAAUCAGAUUCACUCAGGCAGUUUGAAGGCGGAGUCAAGCUGGGUAUUGGCUCUUUCAACCUGAUGCUGUCACUUCUGCCGCAGAGGAUCCUGAGAUUACUGGAGUUCAUGGGCUUCUCUGGAAACAGGAACUUUGGGUUGUCCCAACUGAGAGACGGAACGUCCAUCUCUGGUUUGCGCUCCAUUCUGUGUACCCUCACUCUGCUCUUCUACCACACUUAUAUCUGCCUGGUUCUGGGAAGCGGCGAGGGAAACCUGGUGGAGGCGGAGGCUUUGCUGGAGCCUUACCUUCACAAGUACCCUAAAGGCUCCAUCAUCCAGUUCUACUCAGCUCGGCUGGCCGCGCUGCGAGGACACUUGGAGAAGGCGUGCGUGGGGUACAAUGAGUGUGUGAGCAACCAGCAAGAAUGGAAGCAGAUCCACCACUUGUGCUACUGGGAGCUCAUGUGGACGCACUCGUACCAGCAGGACUGGCUGCAGGCGUAUCGCUACGCCGACAUGUUGUGUCGCGAGAGCCGCUGGUCCAAGGCCAUCUACGUGUACCAGAAGGCCGCCAUCCUCAGCAUGAUGUCAGCGGAAGACCUGAAGAAUACUGGCGAGGACGUAGUGGAGCUCUUCAGGCAGGUGGAGGGGCUCAAGCAGCGCCUAGCAGGGAAGUCCAUCCCCACAGAGAAGUUUGCAGUGAGGAAGUCUCGCCGCUACAAGGCCACUACGCCAAUCCCGCUGGUGCUUCCUGCUCUGGAGAUGAUGUAUGUUUGGAACGGCUUCGCCAUCGUGGGAAGGAGGGCGGACUACACGGAGGCGCUGCUGGUUACCAUAGAGACGGCGGAGGAGCAGCUCAAACGUGACCCCCAGGUGUCAGAGUUCCACAUGGACGACAGCUGUCUGGUCCAGAUGCUGAAGGGUCUUUGUCUCAAACAUCUGGACCGCCCCCUGCAGGCAGAACUCUGCUUCACACAGGUCCUGUCCAGUGAGAGUCGCAUCCGCUACGAUCAUUACCUGGUUCCCUUCACGCUGUACGAGCUGGGUCUGCUCUACCAGAAACAGGGUGAUGUGAGCAAGGCCGCCGUCUUCAUGGAAAACGCCAAGAGUAAAUACAAGGACUACUCUUUAGAGUCCAGACUGCACUUCAGGAUCCACGCUGCCCUCCACAGCCUCAAAGGCUCGCCUGCUGCUGCCGCCACCCCAUAAUAGUCACUGCCCACAGUUGCCAAGGUGUGCGUGUGUGUGUGUUGUCUUUUCUUCCUGCGCUGUUCAUCAAUCACACACAUACUUUGAUUUGAUUAGCAGCCAUGCCACAUCAUGGCUGCACCUAGCACCAGUCUGUCCAGUUUAAAUAGUCUCCACGGUAACAGCAAGCACUUUGUACCUUUUGUGACUUCAAAAGUGGCUUUUCUUUCAUCCUUCUACCUCUUUAUGUAGGAUUUCCUCUGUUAAUAUUAUUUGUAAUAUUGUUAUUGUUUGGCCUUUUUUAAAAAUGACCAAAGUUUAGAUUCUUAUUUUGGGUGCAUUGAAAGCCUUAAAAACCAACCAGAGAAAAAUCA